UCUCUCUCUCUAGAUUGCUUAGUCGCUUACUUUUCCACUUGCUCAAACAAACAUGGAGAAGAAGCAAGGGUUUUUCUCCGCUCUAAAACACGAAGUCAUCCGUGGUUUAUCGCCGGUCCGUUCACGUUCCAAGAGUCCCAUGGCUGCGCUUGUUCGCCGGACCCCCAAAAAGUUAACAAACGCCGAUCCUUUCAUCGGAAGAUCGGGGAGUUUGACUGGAGAGACGCUCGCGCCUUUGUGGGAAGGUCCUGAUCAAGACGCCGCUUCGGAGCUUGGGGAUUCUAAACGGGUCGGUUCGGUUAUUGGCCACUGGAUGAAGGGUCAGCUUUCUAGGGCCCCGUCCAUGACUUCUACCAUGGCUUAUAAACAUCGGUCUGAUUUGAGGCUCCUGCUUGGUGUCAUGGGCGCACCACUUGCUCCGGUCCAUGUUACCACCACUGACCCUUUGCCUCAUCUUAGCAUCAAGGAUACUCCUAUUGAAACCUCGUCUGCACAAUACAUACUGCAGCAGUACACAGCUGCAUCUGGAGGGCAAAAGCUUCAAAACUCCAUCAAGAAUGCUUACGCCAUGGGAAAAGUGAAGAUGGUGGCUUCCGAAUUUGAAACUGCGUCGAGAGUGGUGAAGAAUAAGCAUGCUGCCAGAGCUGCCGACACGGGCGGAUUUGUUCUCUGGCAGAUGAACCCUGAUAUGUGGUAUGUUGAGCUUGCUGUUGGUGGAAGCAAGGUUCACGCAGGCUGCAAUGGCAAUCUGGUUUGGAGGCACACUCCAUGGCUCGGUGCCCACACCGCCAAAGGCCCUGUUAGACCCUUGCGUCGUGCUCUUCAGGGUCUUGAUCCAAGAACUACUGCGAGUAUGUUUGCCGAUGCCAAGUGUGUAGGUGAGAAGAAGAUCAACGGUGAAGAUUGCUUUAUACUUAAACUAUGUGCUGAUCCUCAGACAUUAAAGGCUAGGAGUGAAGGUCCAGCUGAAAUCAUAAGGCAUGUUCUUUUCGGCUAUUUUAGCCAGAAAACCGGACUCAUUGUUCACAUGGAGGAUUCACACCUCACCCGUAUUCAAACCAACGGUGGUGAUGCCGUCUACUGGGAAACCACAAUCAAUUCAUUUAUGGACGAUUAUCGACCCGUGGAAGGCAUCAUGAUUGCCCACUCGGGUCAUUCCGUGGUGACCCUUUUCAGGUUCGGCGAGAUGGCAAUGAGCCACACCAAGACCCGAAUGGAAGAAGCUUGGUCCAUUGAAGAGGUCGCCUUCAAUGUCCCAGGCUUGUCAAUCGACUGUUUCAUCCCUCCAGCCGACUUAAAAUCCGCAGCCUCCAUCUGUGAAACCUCCCAACUCCCAGAAGACGAAAGAGGGAAAUCAUCUUCCCUUGUGGUUGCUGCUGGGCAUCGUGCAAAGGUUGCAGCCCUUGUGUAGGGGGAG